UAAACCUCUGGAAUAUGUCCAGAAACAGUGUGUGGAGCUCAAAUUGCAGCUGACACGUGGUUUCAGGAAAAAGAAGCUUUUUACUUUCACAUUCAGUAAGCUACAUCGUUAUCACUGGCAGGCACACGUUUCUGUUUUUCUUCACUCUGCUCGUUUGCUGUCUAAGGCUUUACAAAAUGUCUGGAGACGCCAUCAACUAUGACUAUGAUUCAAUCAUUGAAAAAAUGAAAGACAAACCGACAGAAAUGUAUCCGAAUGUAUCAGGAAAUAUAACCAAGCAGUACCAAUAUGAGAUCAGGAUGACCUACUUAAUUAUAUAUUCUAUUGUCCUCAUCUUUGGUGUCACCCUCAACUUCAUCGUCAUUUUCAUCAGCUGCCUAAAAAAAAAGAAUUCCCCAAAGGUUGCAACUUGGAUUAUGGCAUUGGCUUUAACACACUUCGUCUCCUGCAUAUCUAUUGUUUUUCAGUUCCUGUAUGCUUACAAUAACUUCAUAUGGGAUUACGGAAGUGCAAGCUGCAAGCUGUCAUCCUAUAUCACCUACGGCAGUAUGUUCUCCACGUCAGCCAUGCUGAGUCUCUGGAGCAUUAGUUCUUCUUUUUCAAAAGUCGCAUGCAUGAACAAGUGCAAGAACUGUAACCUGAUUCUGAUUUCAUUUUCCUGGACCAUUGCAGCAGUCUUGGCAUGUCCUUCGCUGUUCUCCAGAGAGAUCCGAUUUUCUCAGUGCAUUGAUGAUUAUGACUUGGACAAAGCAAAAACAACUCAAGACGGCAUUAUAAGGCUGAAGACUGUUGUUGUCAUGCGAUUUCUCCUAGGGCUUCUCGUGCCAGCUUUGAUCAUGUUUUUAAGCUAUUUGGCAUCGCCUCAAAGAACAUGUCAAGACUGCAAGAAGCAGGCACAGAUAAUCUGUGCUAUAAAGAUUUCCUUCUUUGUGUUCUGGGGCCCUCAAAUCGUCUUAACCAUGCUUCAAGCCACCGUAAAUGAGUUCUUGGGUCUAAAUAUGUUGAGAUAUGGACUUCCAGGAGCUACUGCAAUGGCCAUAGCCCACUGUUGUAUCUUUCCACUUAUCUAUCUGUUAUUCGGAGGCAGCAUUAAAAUGAACUGGAUGACACAUGACUCAGAUCAUGGAACGGAGAAUUAUAAAAGCAUCAGAUUGCAAAUGAGCCAGAAGGUCUGUCUGUGUGGAGGUGUUCGUAGUUGAAUUGGAGACACUACUUGACUGUGAAGUGAAUGAGAAUGAGAGUUUUCCCUAUGAUCGACAGGUCAACUUUCCAGUGUUUCCUCUGCCUUUCUAACCUGAUAGAUGCUGGGAUAGGCUCCAGCAACCCUGCGCUCCUACAAAGGAUAAGCAAGAAUGGAUGGAUGAGCCAGAUCACAACAAUGAAGACAAUCCACCAAAAUGCAUAGUAGUAAUUUCUGGAUGCAAACUGACCAAACUUUUAAAACUAAGAGUAUUCUGAAUGUUGGUCCUGUUUUGUCCACUUUCAUGCUUUGCUUCAAGUUAUAUGCUGCUUUUGUGGUGAAAAAUGCAUCAGAUGCACUAAAGCAAAAUUAUAACCACAUUGCUAGAAUAAGCAUUGCUACAGAAACACUAUUAACCCAAGUUUUAUAUCCUGUUGUAUCAAGCUCAUAUAGAGGACCAUUUGAAGCCAUUUUUUUAUUGAUGGUGUGUCAUAGUAUUGUUUCUGUUUUGUCAUAACAGUGUAAUUUUUCCUAUAUUAUAUUAUAUUAUAAAUGAAAGAAUGUGCAAGUAUUUGUUUUAGGGCCACAAUGUAAUGAAUAUAAAGCAGAUUAUGUAUUUUCAUAUGUUAUGUUUUUACAAAACACCUAAACAAAAGAAGUAUGACCAUAUUAGGCCAGUUACUUGCGCUGUUUGGGAGGCAGACAUGCUGUUAGUUAAAAUUUUGAUUAAAGACUCAUAUUUUUAAUCUGGUAUACACAAAACACUAUCACAUUUCUAUCAUUCUAACCCAUUAAAGGAUUGUUAGGCUGCAUUUGGUCAACAGGAUCCGUGAACACUUCCCAUGACACCCAAUGUACUUGUUACAUUGUAAGAAGAAUUGCAUCUAUGCUAAUAUUAGUCUUUCUGUUUCAUUCUUAUUCCGAGAUCACCGUAAUCACCUGGAUUUGACAGUUUACAAUUGUCCUUUUUUUAGUGCUGGUUUACAGCAGAACUUUAUUUUGUUCUCGUUAUUGAAACAUAAUUUUCCUGUUUAACUGUGUAAAGCUGUUUUGACACUAUCUUUAAUGUAUAAAGCAUUAUAUAAAUAAAGGUGACUUGACCAAAGAGAAAAA